AUGUCUUUCUGCAUUUUCUCUCCUUCUCUUGCUCAGCUGAUCUUCAGUUUCUUCUGCUCUUUCUCUUUUUCUCUGCUAGGAUUGCUUAGGUGGUCCAAAAUGGAACUUUUGGGGAGGAAUUUUAAUUACCUCUACAACGGAAUACCGACCCACUAUACGGUGAUGUUGCUUCUUUUGGAAAUUUUUACCUGGACUCAUUUUGUGGUGAAGAUGGCAUCAGAAUAUUGCCGGCAAAUACUCCGUGUUGUUGUGGCCCAAAUCUGCCAACACCUGGGUUGGCACUCCACACAUGCUACACCUCUUGAAGUCCUUACAGAUGUGCUGGAGCGAUACAUACUUGAUGUUAGCCGAACAACACAUCAGUAUGCUGAAAGAUAUGGAAGAACUGAAGUAAACUUGGAUGAUUUAGGCUUAGCCUUUCGUACUUUGGGUAUUAGCUUAUCAGAACUGGAUGAUUAUAUUAAACAUGUUGAGGCUUUGCCCUUUGGAAAAGAUGUAGCUGCAUUUCCUAAACCAAAGAAGUCAAAUCUCUGUUUCCCAAACCCAAAGAGUCGAGAAAUCUAUCAUCGAGAAGAACAUGUGUCUGACUACUUGCCAUACAUGUUUCCUGGAAUGGAAGAUGAAAUGGAAGUAGAAGAAGUUUCCCCAACACCCUCUGUCCCUGCUGCUUCUCAGCCUGGCAGCACAACUCCAGUGACAGUACCAAAUAAUCAAGAAAUAGGAACUCCAGAAAAUUUGGCUGAUACUAGCCCAGUUUUAAGAGGAGAAAAGAGGUCAUUGAACAGUCCUAGUGAUGGAGCACCUAUGUAUAAAAGACAAAGGUUAAGCAAUAAUAAUCUGCCAGAAGAAGCUGGACACUCUCAGUAUGAAAUGACCAGUGUGAAAAUGUCAGUAUCUGGGCUUCUGACACCUAUCAAAAGUCAAGGAAAAUUACCAGAUCCAUCUCCACCUGUAAUGUUUCCUCCUGUUGAGAAAAAGAAGGAACUUCCUCCAAAAGAUAUUCCUAAAAAAACAGAACCUGAGAAAGAUACCAAUACAUCCAAGAUUGAAGAUAAGGAGAAUAUUACAACCAAAAAACCCAAAGAAAAUGAUAUAACAAUCAAGAGGGCAGGCAUGAUGAACUCAAAAAACAAAGAGUUGACUCCUGUACUACCACCUCCUCCUCCUCCUCCUAAAGAAAGGAAGAAACCAGUUGCACGUAAAAAGAAAAAAGAUCAAAUUGCAAAGGUGGAAAAGAGCACAUUGGAGACUAUUGAUGAGUGCAUCAAUUCUGUCCUGCGUAAUAUGCGUGCUGCUUAUGAAUUAGAGAAACAGAAAGAGCAGCAAGAAGCCAUAGCUCGUGACACCAUUGCAGAAGAUGCAAUGGUAGCAGCAACCACUGCUGCUGUUGUAUCUGCUGCAGUGACAGAUACUGUGGUUAUUUCAAGCAUAUUUACCCCUACCAAACCUAGUCUAGCUAGUACUCCAACUCCAAAAAAGACAGACAAGAAGGGAGAUAAGAAACUUGAUAAGAAAUUAGAGAAAAAGAAACGGAAUUUGAUGAAAGAGAAGACAAAAAAAUUGAAAAUUAAAGCCCUAAAGCAAAAGGGCAAAGAGAAUGCUGAGGUAAGGGAGAAGCUUAAGGAGAAAAUUAAAUCAAAGUCUCAACGUCAGAACUCAUCCAGUUCAGAGAAGACACCGCCUGUUCGUCCGGAUAAGUUCACGGCUGAAGAAUGGAAAAUUUAUGAUUUUGAUGGCAGUCCUCCUGGAUCUCAUCCCAAUUCCCUACAUCAGCAUGAUUCCUCUCCUUUCAGUUCAUCCCCUCAUUCUAUUAGAUCUUGUGUUUCCCCAUCCAUGGAUUCUCUCACUCUUUUAUCCACUGCUGCCAGUGCUGCCUCAAAUGUCCCUAUGCAUUUACCACCCUCCAUGCCACUCUCCCUACCUCAAGCAUCCUUGUCUUCUCAAGAUUCAGAUAUCCCAUCUCAACUCAAAAUGAAAAUUGGUCUUGCAAAAGGAGGAAAAGGAAAAAUAAAAUCUAAAGUAAAGUCUAAGGAUAAAGAGCACAAAAAAGACAAAAAGGAUAAGAAGAAAGAUAAAGAAAAGAAAAAAAAGAAUAAGGAGAAGGAAGAAAAGAAGCAAAAAGAACGAUUGAAGGAAGAAAAAUAUCAGGCUGAGCAAAUCUCUACUCCCCUGUCUGUCCCACGACUUAAGCUAAAUAUCAAACUAGGAGGAAGCAUUCCUGUGGCUGUGACGCCAGAUACAGAUACAAGUAAGAAAAUACAGACAUCUGCUAUAUCAGUAACAGAACGUGCACCAUCAAAUACACCAACUAACAUUAAGCGUGACAUCCCGUCUUCACCUCUUCCACAUCGACCAGAGAUUCCUCGACUUGUCAUUAGAACUCCAGUUCCAGUGAUGUCUCCACCAGUGAUUCCUGCAAAAAAUGAAAAGUCAACUGCAAAAGUAACAAAACCCACACCAAAGGCUAAGGCAGCAUUAAAAAAGAAGCCAGUUGUAAAGAAGCCAGCUGUGAAAAGAGAGAAGCCAACACCCAAGAAGUCUGCAAAAGUCAUAGCCCCAGAGCCAGUUAAUGUGCCCUCAAUUUGUAAAAUAGAAGCCUUAAAUGCUCCACCCCAGAUACCUCAGUUUUUGCCCACUGUUUCUGCAAGUAAACAUUCAGAGAUUGGAAAUGUUAAUGUAGCUGAUAUGUUGAUGCCAGAAGCACUGUUGGCAGUUGUUAAACAAGAGAAAUUCUCUCCACCUAAGCCCUUCAUAAAAUCACAAAAAAUGACAGCUGCUGCACGGGAAAAAUUGACCCAGAAAGAAAAGCAGGUGCUUCUCAAAACUCAAACCUUGCCAGUUUCCACUGCAUUUGGUUUGAGAAAGACAGAAGAAAAAAUUAAUUUGAAGACUUCCAAGGUGAACCAAAAUAAAACAAAAGCUGCUAAAGCCACAAAAACUACAGCUAAAUUAACAGGGAAAAAUGAAAAGGUUUGCAUACGGGGUAAAAGUGAAAAAGCUACGGCAAAAGCAAAGGCUGAAAAGAUCAAAGCUGAAAAAGCAGCCCUAGAAAUGGCAGCAACUGCUUUGGCUAAGGUUGAAAAACCUGUCAUUAUGAAAGAUAGGCCUAUUAUGAAAGUAAAUAAACCUCCAAAUAAACUUGGUCGUCCACCAAAAAUUGAAAUCCCUCCAUCACCUCCUCCGACCAUUCCAUAUCCUUCAUCACCUCCUUGCAUACCUGCUUCUAUUGGUGGAACAUUACCUAUUGCUCAGCCAAUCGGUCACCAUCAUUUUACACCGCUUUUAGCCAAUAUACCAACUCCAGUACCUACCAUCCCUCAACCUUAUCCUAUUACAGUAUCAACUCCUAAAGCCAAUCAAGUUGUACCUAAAGUUGCUGUUACAGCAAAAUCUACUCCAAAAGGGAAAGGUGCUAGGGCACAUGCAAUAUCUUUGCCAAAGGCUCAGAAAUUGAAUUCUGCCAAAGCUCUAUUAGCUUCUGUAAAAGAGACACAAUCUGAUUCACAUGUAACAUGUCCCUCCAACUUAUUGACACCUAUGCCAUUAACGUCAUCACCAGCACUCUCAGAAAAGCUCAUGAUUCCAAAUAAGUCAUCUCCAAUUCCCAGUCCUCUAUCAUCACCCCUCCAUAUGAUUAGUGGUCUUCCGCCAGACAACUCCUUGAUUGCUCUGUCCAGAGACAUUGUUUCUGCAAAUAUACCAAUGGACUCCUCAGCUUCUUUUAGUUUACCUAUCAGUGAUAUAAUUGGAUCUAGUGAAAAUUCCAUGUCACUUGGAAAAAGACCAGUCCAACGAUCUGUAUUUGCAGAAACUGUUGGUACUUUUAUGGAUGAGAACGGUCAAAAAAUUUGGAUUUGCCCUGGCUGUAAACUGCCUGAUGAUGGCAGCCCAAUGAUUGGCUGUGAUGGAUGUGAUGACUGGUAUCAUUGGCCUUGUGUGAAUAUCCGUGAAGAGCCACCAUCCGAAGAACAGUGGUUUUGUCAAAAAUGUCUCGUCAAAACAAAGAAUAAACCUAAACGUAAACGAAGACGUAAAGCUAAAGCUUACUGA